AUGCAUGCCGUUCGAAUAAGGGAUCGUCUAUUUGAAAGCACUCCCAUUCGAAGACCCUAUUGUUUGCCAUCUGAAAAGAAUCAGGUACAUCCUUUUGAUUGCCCAAAUUUGUCUAUGCAUGAUGAUAAUGAUGCUGGUAUUGCUCUUGAGAAUGUCAAAACUGAAUCAGUUGUCUUUGAGUCUCAUAUGUCUAAAAUGGAUUCGGAUGAAAGAGAUGAUGUUCCACUAGCUAGGUUGUUAAAGAAGGGUUUAUUUUCUAAAGAUGAGUCCACAGUUGCUGAUGCUCCUAUUACUUCAGUUCACUUUGAUGGUAGUUCUUCCUCUAAAGAUAUAUUUGUUCCAACACCUGGUCAGCCCUCUAGUACAAAUGAAGACACUGGACAUUCCAAUCAUUCUCCACCAGUUAGGUCUCCUGUUCGGACCAGUUCAUCUGUUGAUGUCCAACCAUCUAUUCUGAAGCCUAAUCUAGUGGGUCAGUCUACUGAUAAUGUAGGUGAGAACAUUGUUGAUAAUGUUGAUAGGAACAUUGCUGAUAAUGUUGAUGAGAACCCUAAUGAAAAUGUUGAUGACCAUGUUGAACCAAUUGAUAAUAGUGCUCCUGAUGAUGUUGAACCUAAUGUGAAUGCUCCUCAAACUGAAUUUGAACAACCUUGCGUUGAACAGAGACCAAAAGGGAAGAAAUCACAACAAAGUGUUACGGUGCAUAUUCGAGGCUUGAAAUUUAAGAUUUCUCCUGCUGUGAUCAAUAGAUUCUUGGGAGACACUGUGGAAUCUGGCUAUACUCCUUUACAUCCAUCCAAUGAUGUUUUGGCUUCUGUAGUGUCUGGAGGAGCCCUGUCUAUAUGGCCUGUAAAUGGGAUUUCAGCUGUCUCACUAAGUAUCAAAUACGUCAUUCUUCAUGAAAUUGGCAGUGCUAACUGGUUUUCCUCCUCACAUGCUUCCAGUGUUUCUGUUGCUUUAGAGACUUUUCUUUAUCAAAUCUGCAAAGAUGAUUCUGUGGAUGCUAGUCUCUUUAUAUAUAAUCAGCUUUUGAGACAUGUGGGAACGUUUGGUGUUAAGAUUCCUAUUCCUCUGCCUCGUUUCUUCUCAAGUCUUCUGGUUUAUCUGAAUGAUGAUAUCCUAACCCCAAAUGAUGCUCCUGGUCCUGACCCAAAGACAUUGUCAUUAAGCUACAUGCUAUUUCAAGGAAGUUAUGUUCCUGACAUAAAACAUGAUAUGAGACCCUCUAGGAACUCACGUAUGUUUGACAUUAAUGAUGUAGAUGAGAAUGUUGAAGGAUUCUUUGUUCAUCGUGACUUAGCCUCUAGGAUAAUUAAUACUCUUACAGUUGAGUGUCGAGCUCUUUCUACAUCUAUAAAUCUGCUGCUUGAUAGAAGAUUGGAGGUUGAUUUGCUUGUUCAACACCUGAAGACACUUAUUCCUUCCUCUAGUACUGAUGUUCUAGAUCAGAAGUAG